ACCAUUCAAACGUCUGUUCGCGCCAAAACCUAGCCGGCAUCGCCCACCGUCUUCUCAUGAACUUGGCGAGAGUGAAGAGACAAAAGGUCACUGUUGCGUGUGAUCAAUGUCGGAGCAAGAAAAUCAAAUGUGACGGGCGUCGGCCGACGUGCAAUUCGUGCCAGAAAAAGGUGGGGGCGGGGGUAAGGUGCUCUUGGGAAACUGGAUCGGCGAGACUAUCUGGACGGCAAUCCUCCGACUACCUUCGCUGGCUUGACGGGAUACCUGACUCGACCUGCCGAAACAAUCAUGCAACAAGUUCGACUCGGGUCCAGCAAUCAAGCGGCAUUGGCAUUUCUCAGCAGGAUUCAGCGCUAGAUUUCCAAUCCUUGCUGCUGCGGAAUGGUCCCCUCUACCCAAGGCCAGCAUCAAGCACGGAUCCAAACAUAUUCUCGCCCCCUUCCGCACCUGCCGGUGUGUCCAAGACACUUGACCUUGAUGAACAUGGGCCUGUACGGCAUCAACAGCAGCAAUGCGGCUCAGCGCAGCGACGGCGACGACGACAACAACAACCACAUGAAGUAUCGCCUUCCGAGCACGCGGUUCAUGCCGUCAUUGGUGCCACUGUUGAUGAAGAAAACAGGGAUGGUUUCUUCGGGAAUUCUAGCGCCGGGACCUUCAUGCAACACGUAAAGAAGGUGGUCUUGCAGAAAGUGGGAGCCACGCAACAACAACCGAGCCGGGCGUCUCUUGUCCACGAGGACUUUUCUCCUCCUCGGACCUUGCCUGCUUCUGGCCACACCACUAAGAGACCGGAGCCAGUCGACUAUGUUCUGCCGACACGAAGAAAAGCCGACUCUUUGGUAUCUGCUUAUUGGAGAUACGUGCACGUCCUUUACCCAUACCUUGACAAAUUGGAGAUUGAAGGUGACUACGAAAGGCUUUGGAAGAGUGACGAAGGCAACGGCUCCAUCAUCGCCGACGAGCGGGCCUUCAUGUGCCUCUUGAACGCCAUGUUCGCACUCGCCAGUCAAUUCGACGAACAGUCGCCGAUCGAGGAGAGGCAGCGGUCCGGUCACGUCUUUUGCACUCGAGCACGAGAACUGUCGGACAUUGUGGAAACCGGCACCAUCCGCUCGGUGCAAUCAUUCCUGAUUCUCGGACAGUACUUCCAGAGCACCAGCGAGCCACAUUCGUGCUGGAUUUUUGUCGGUCUCGCGGUUCGGACGGCCCAGAGCCUCGGACUGAAUUGGCCCGAAACGAGUGAACGGUGCGCCGACAUCAAGACUCGGGAGCUCCUCAGGAAAACCUGGCACGCGUGCGUUCUGAUGGAUCGGACCCUGUCCAUGACCUACGGGCGGCCGUGCAUGAUAGGUCAAAGAGCAGCGUCGGUCGUUCCCCUUCCCCUGCCCUUUGAUGAAGAGCACCUGUGCAGUGCCGGGUCUUCUCAGGUGCCCUCGCCACCAGGGCAGCGACAUCAGAACACGGCGUCGGCCGAAUUUUUCGUCCUGUCUCUCAGGUUAUUCGAGAUACUACACGACGUGAUCUUUCAUUUCUACUCGGUCAACCAUCUGCAGGAAAAGUCUGUGGACAACGAUAGGUAUUUUGGCUCGUCCAGCAACAGUCAAGCUUCGGUAUUCGAGAUUGAACGUCGGAUUUCCAAGUGGGAACGGGAUCUACCACAACAUCUGAGGGUCGGCGGCACCAUACCGCAAAAUGAUGGUGCAGCGGCAGCCACCUUGCAUCUUGCUGCUGACACAAAACAACCCCCCUGCAGGCAACUUCACGUUCGCCUUCUGCUGCUGCGUCUUGCGCUUUCCCACUUCUUCACGUCCGAAUCUCAGGACGGAGCAUCUCGGGACAUCCCCCUCGGAGAUCUGCUGUCGCACAAGGUUCUUCUCCAGUGCGCCGUCAUCUGUGUCAAGACGGCCCUCCAAGCCAUCGACACGAUCUAUGAACAGAGAGGGAACGAACCGGGUGACGUCGGGUUCUGUGCCGCGUGGUGGUACAACGUUCUCUAUCUCUACACCUCUGCCACGGUGCUCAUUGCAGCCCGCUUGAGCUCCGACAUCCUGGCCGAGUUCUCGGAGCAAUUGAUCCUUGAGGGUUGGCGCCGGGCUCUGGAGGCCCUCCGAGGUUACAGCCACUUCGGUGCUUCAAUCCAACGGCUGGUGACCACACUGCGGCUCCUGUAUGAAGCGGUGCCUCAGCAAUACUCCCGGUUCAAAGAGAAUCCUCGACAAACCCAACCAGACUACUCGGCUUCGACGUUUCGCGAUCCGGGCGAAGGCACUACUAGAACCCCGGCCUAUUAUAGUCUAGAUUUUUCUUCCGCGGCAGCAAUUGCAAAUGAAACAUCCAGGGGACAUCUGCCGCAAGACGAGAUGAUUGCCACCACCACUCUGGAUGAUGAUACGCUCCUCGACUUUGAUGCAGUCUUUGACCCCAAUGAUUUGUCUUGGCUGAUGACGAUACCGCUGGACAGUUGAAACCUUGAGGGUCUGUUAUACAGGGCGUUCUUGUCUCGUCUUUUUUUCGGCCCGGACGUUGAUGGUUCACAGGCGCCCAGUGUUUGGCCUGUGAGAACAUGGCGAUGCCGCUCUAAAUGAAAAGUCCACCUCUCUCUCUCUCUCUCGCCGAGCUCUAACAACUUCACGUGCGAUGUGGCAGAAGUCGUAUUGUCACUUCUGUAAGACCCACCCAAUCCCAUAACUCCUACUACGAAGUUGGGGGACUAGUCAUAACGAAGGCCGUAUUACCGCCGCUCUCUUUUCACG